UCGUUUUGUGACGCGAGCGAAGCCGCGGGUAAAAGCUAGUAAUCUAUAAGCCCAUGAACACUGCUAGAUGUUUAACUAUUCAAUAAUAUACAUGUACUACUAGUAGCUCGACCCGAUGACCGACGAUGUAAGCGGUAGUGCUGGGCCGCUGGGCCGCUGGGCCGGGUCAUGUCCGCGCAGUGUGACGCGCUGUUUCUAUGUUUGAAAGUUCAUUUGUUUGAAACGUCACACGUCGUGGCCGACUGACCAUUAUGUCAAAAUUACCGUAAUCAACACAACGCACUUUAAUUCAAUGACACUAAAUUUUAGUAAAAUAUAAACACAACCGCAAUCACAAGCACACACAAUGUCCAAGAGACCUCUGGGCCCCGGGCCGGGCGCCUACCAGCUGCCCACGACGGUCGGCUUCACGCAGCACGACCCGUCGCGCUACCGCAACCCCAUGUACUCGUUCGGCACCAACGCCGGAUACCGCGUGCGCGGGCUGGGUCCGGGGCCCGCCUACCGCAUCGAGCGCGUGACGCGCGACGGCGUCAUGUCGGCGCCCGCCUGGUCGUUCGGGGCCCGCUUCCCCGCGCGCGCUACGCUGCGCACGCCGGGCCCCGGCGCACACGCACCCGAGCGCUGCCCGCCCAUGCGUGAACCGCGCGCGCCCGUGUACUCCAUGGGCGCGCGGCUAGGCUUCGCGCUCAAGCGGCCGGGGCCCGCACCCAACGCCUACGCGCUGCACAUGGGCCCCGGCACGCCCGCCUACACCAUGGGGGCGCGCGUUGGUUUCAUGCCCAAGGCCAAGUCACCGGGGCCCGCGGUGUACUUCCAGCGCGACACCAACGUGUACAAGUGCAAGCAACCCGUGUACUCGCUGGGCGCUCGACUGGAAGGGGCCGGCAAGGCCACGAAGACGCCGGGGCCCGCCGCCUACCCGCCCAACCUCUACAACACUAAGAAGAACCCGUACUCGUACUCAUUCGGCACGAAGCACGGCGACUACGCGCCGCCGAUGAUCAUCAAGGAGGACACGAUGGACUGCCUGUAGUGGCUGCAAUGGCGAGCCUCGCUUGUGAUGUCCGUGUGCCAGUUCAAGUUAAUAACAAAAAAAUCGUUCGAGUCGAGUAAAGUAACGUCCCGUCCUAUCAGAACUGUAAUGUUGAGACAAAUCGGUCAUGUCGUCGUACUGUAUCUUUGGAUUUGACACGUGUGAAUUGCAAAAUUGUCUUGUCGUACCUAAUGUGUAUGCCUAGCUGGUUUAUUAUUUAAUUUUAUAAAAAAUAUUCGGUAGGUAUUAAGUCGUAAAAUAUUUUGUAAAAAUGGUGUUUACUUUGAUUUUAAGGAACAAUGUUUACUUGUAUACAUGACGAAUUGACGAAUCAUAUUGACAUCACUAACACAUACAAAACAUUUUGUGAAUUUCGA